AUGCCUUUCAUGAGCAUUGCGUCUCCCAGCAGAAUUUGCACUAGCGUUCCCAAUUCGCCUCAGAAGAUUCACGGGCAAAUAUUGCCUGGCAAUUCUCCCAGCAAUAUUCGUGCCUCUCCGCCUGGGCGAGGAAGCGAGCGGAGCUUGGAGCAACUGACUGUUUUGCCAAGCGGAAACCAGCCUCAAGUAGUCAGCAGGCUACCCAAGGUUCUCUCAUUGGGGUUUCGGAGCUUCAGGCCUUCCAUCAGAGGUUCGCCUGUCAUGCCGAAAGCAGCGAAGGGCAAAGAGAAGGGAGGGAAGAAGAAGAAGGACCCGAAUGCUCCGAAGCGGCCGUUGGCUCCGUACAUGUUCUACUGCAAAGAGCAAAGAGAAGUUGUGAAGGCCAACAAUCCAGACGUGUCCUUUGGAGAGCUUGGGAAGAUUCUGGGAGCUCAGUGGAAGGAGUUGGACGACAAAGAGAAGAGGCCAUACAUGAAGAUGGCGGAAGACGAUAAAAAGAGAUAUCAAGACGAGAUUGAGAGCCUUGAACCCGCAGACGACGAGUGA